CUUUCGCUUUUUAUUUACAAACGAAGUCAUUUGCGUAAAGAAGGCUGAAAUUGAUAACUGAUGGAGGGCUGUUUUCGUAUAGCAGUUCUGGGAACUAAAAAGGUUGGCAAAACGUGUUUAAUUGCACAGCUACUCAAAAAAAGCUUUCCGGACACAUACAGUCCAACGAUUGAAGCAUUGUUCCAAUACAACAUCCAAACAUCUGAAAACAAAUUCGCCAAACUGGAGAUAUUGGACACAGCUGGUAGCUUUGAAUUUCCGGACUUGUUGAGAAAAGCUGUCAGAUCUUGCCAUGCUCUUGUAUUGAUGUUUGACUUAAGCGACUCGAUGCGGACAUUUCGAGAAGUUGAAACAUUGAGGCAACUCAUUUUGGAUGAGAGAGGUGGAGAAUCCGUCCCUCUCAUUGUCAUCGGUAACAAGUCUGAUCUAAUCAUCAAGGAAGACAAUGUGGAAAACAAAGUUCUCGAUGCCAUUGUAUCAAUAGACUGGGACUGUACCUAUCUUACAACAUCCGCAAAAUGUGACACCAAUAUUUCAGACGUCUAUAAAGCUGUUUGCAAAGGACUUGGUAUAGAUGUUAGACAGACAAAUGUUAACGAUGAAGAUGCGGUGACCCGGAAACCUCGCAAACUCUCCUUGUCAAACCUGAAGAGACGAGUAUCUUCUAUUGCGUUUUAAUGCAUGAAAAGCUCAUUGACAUAGUUGUCACCAAUUUACUUUACGUUUGUGUUUAUAUAAAAGCUGUUUUUCUUAAAGA